GACCUACCAGACGGAAGCGGAAGUGUCGGUGGCGCGCGAGUAGGAAGUGGUGAUUCCUGGAAUAGAGAUGGCCGAGCUUGCUCCGCUGCCCCCACUACCCCCCCAGUUUAAGAGCAUACAGCAUCAUCUGAGGACGGCUCAGGAACAUGACAAGCGGGACCCUGUGGUGGCUUAUUACUGUCGUUUAUAUGCAAUGCAAACUGGAAUGAAGAUUGAUAGUAAAACUCCUGACUGUCGUAAAUUUUUAUCAAAGCUAAUGGAUCAGUUAGAAGCUCUUAAGAAACACUUGAGUGAUAAUGAAGCUAUUACUCAAGAAAUAGUUGGUUGUGCCCAUUUGGAGAAUUAUGCUUUGAAAAUGUUUUUGUAUGCAGAUAAUGAAGACCGUGCUGGACGAUUUCACAAAAACAUGAUCAAGUCCUUCUAUACUGCAAGUCUUUUAAUAGAUGUCAUAACAGUGUUUGGAGAACUCACUGAUGAAAAUGUGAAACACAGGAAGUAUGCAAGGUGGAAGGCAACAUAUAUCCAUAAUUGUUUAAAGAAUGGAGAGACUCCUCAAGCAGGGCCUGUUGGAAUUGAAGAAGAUAAUGAUGUUGAAGAAAAUGAAGAUACUGGAGCAACAUCCCUGCCAACUCAGCCGCCUCAGCCGUCAUCUUCGACUUACGACCCAGGCAACAUGCCAUCCAGCAGCUUCUCUGGCAUACAGAUUCCUCCCGGCGCGCACGCUCCAGCUAACACACCAGCGGAAGUGCCUCACAGCGCAGGGGAUAUCCGUCUAACACCCGAGGACUUUGCUAGAGCCCAGAAAUACUGCAAAUAUGCUGGAAGUGCUUUGCAAUAUGAAGAUGUCAGCACUGCUGUGCAGAAUCUACAGAAGGCCCUCAAGUUACUAACUACAGGCAGAGAAUGAAGCCUUUGUACAGUAGAUCCAUGCAUUUUUGGCUUAAAGAACUAACAGUCCAUUACUCUGUCUUCAGCCUAUCAGGAGCACAGUUUUAAGGAAGACUUCAGUUGCAUUGACUAUAACAAUGAAAUCUGUGUCUGUGUAUCAGAUUCCUGUUGAAGCAUUCAGCAGCAGCCUCAACCAGUUUUCAUUGUCCAUUUAGUGGAUCCAGUAAUCUCCGGGUGUACAGGGCUGAUGUGAGCAAAAUCCUAAAAAUGCCCAUUGAAUCCUGCUUCAGGAAAUGAAAACACACUUCUAUAAAAUGUAUUGGGGUUCGCAUUGUAUCUUAAUAUACAUAAAUUAGGGAUUUUUUAAUCAUAAUUUGGACACACAGACUAUAUUAUUUUGCUAUAAAAUUCUAAAUUUAACUUUUAAUAAAAAUUGCCAGAAUAUGCUAGAUUAGAGAUCAUGUUUUUGUUUUCCUCUGGAUUUAUAAAACAAAUAUGAACAUCCUAAACUGUUCGAUAAAUCCGAAAGGGAUUAUGUUCAAAAUUAAAUUUAUGUUCAUGUUUAAUAUCACUACAUUAAAAGUUAAAAUCUUUAUGGAAGAAAAUACAAGGUAAAGAGGUGGAAUCACUCUUAGAUUUAAGAAUAAUGUUGGUUUCCCAACUGCUUUCCCUUCUCCAUUGAAGCUUAAAGUGAAUUGGUAUUUAUUCAUAAGCAGUUUGACUGCAUGUACUAGGGAAUGAAAAAAAGACAUUUGUAGUAAUGCCUGGAAAUUUGGUGCUUAAAGUUAAGGUUCUCCUCUGCUGCUAUGGAAUGGAUUCCAUACAGUGUAUAGCUAGGAGCGAUGCAGAAGAUUAUAAGAAUUUAGACUCUCAGUUGUUAAAUUUCUAAGUUUUGUGGGAGAUUAUGGACUUACUGUGUGUCACCUGCAUUUGUGCUGUGUAAAAAAUAAAUAAAAGGAUUCUUUUAACUUGUUCAGCUUAUUACAGAGCCAGAUGUGUUUUAAUUUGCAUGCUAGAGUUUGUCAUUAUUGAAGUCAUUAUGUUUAUAUAGGAAUAUGGAUAUUUCUAUAGUAAAAAAACAGUUUUUAAAAGGAAAGAGGUAAAUUUGCCAAAUUUACCUGAAAUUUAUCUGGUCCAUUUCGUUCAUCCCAUUGAGAUUGGAGUCAUUUAACAUAGGGGUCCACAAACUAUGUAUAGUCAGUGGGCAGACCACCUGUUGUGUAAAUAAAGUUUUAUUGAAAAAAACC